AUGGCCACUGCAAUAUCUACUUUGUACACUGAUUUGUUUGCAAAUGAUAAAAGAAAGUACAUUGAAGAUGAUUAUCCGUCUCUGCCACCACUUGUCAUUGCUGGCGCUGGUGGAGCAUAUGAGGGCGAGAUGUUUACUCGUUUUCUACAGCCAGAUGGAAAUAUUGAGAUUGAUAAUUUGUACGUGGCAGGCGUAAUAAAUAACCCAAAUCAGAUUAUUGAUUUAAUUAACGCGACUGGUUUUAUCAAAAUCCGCCAGGUCAACAAUUCGCUGUUCGACUCAAAAUUAAUAAAGUUUUUUGAUACAGAUUUAAGCGGACAGGUCUGCUUUGACGGCGUUAAAUUUAAACAGAACUUGUACGAAGAAAUUGCGGCAACGUGCAGAGUAGGCGAUCGUGAAAUGGGUGCUGACAAGUCUUCAUUAAUCACAAGUGCCAAUGUUCCGCUCUCGGUGCAUCUUAAACCUGAUAUAAAAAGCUAUUCGGAUAUAUUUCGACAAAUUCGACUGAAUCAAUGUGUAGAGCCCCUCUAUCAACAAUACCACGCUUACUGUCAACUUCUACGAAAAUCAUGUGCUAUUGUUAGUAGUAAAAUGAACAUGGCCGAUUUUUCAUCAUGUUACUCGAACGUGAUGCCAGACAGUUGUGAAGGAGCUAAGUCGAUUUUAAAUAGUGCAGCACAGCUAGUAUUCUCACUCGAUGAUCGCUCGGUUGAUCUUUGUUGUGCGCUGAUGGCUCCCGCAUUCGGAAUUCCACUUCCCGAUAAACUGAAGCAGAAAGUCAAAGCAGUAAUCCGCUUCUAUUGCAAAUAUCAACAUCUGGCAAAUUUAAACAUCUGUCGACAAAUUCAAAAAAGUAAUUGUGUAAAAAUUGAGUACGAUAAUGUUUUUGCCUUUCAACUCGGUUACAUCCCCGAUGCAUUGCAGCCGUUUUUGCAUCGAAUAGCCGAACGUCAUCCUUAUUUGAUUACACGACUACUAGGUGACGAACAAUUAAUUUAUAUCGUUUCAAAACCGUCGAGAAAAUCAUUUCAUUCGAACGACACGCGGUUCGAAUUUCGUUAUUCGUUUUCAAAAUUAGAAUUGAUCAUUGCUCAAAAUAGAACUCCAAAGGAACGGCUUCUAAAUGCGAUUGCUCGUACUAUCUAUCACAAGACAAUACGAUCGAUUGUUGUCAAUGGCGAUUACAUUCCUUCGUAUUUCGUCAAAACGACAGUCCUAUGGAUGUGUGAAACGAUGGAGUUUGCUCGCAAUAUCUCAUCACUAGAAAAUCGAGCAGAUUUAAUUCAAAUAGGUCAAGAAUGGAUUAAUUUUGCCAUUGAAAAAUUAUCUAAAAAAGAUUGCGAACAUUAUUUUCUAGCUGAUAUUAAUAUUCUUGAGCCAUACAGUUUAGAAUUAGUGCAGAUCGCAUCGCUAACCCUUCAGUCGUUGAAAAACAUUCCUAUAUUUAAUGAGGAUCCCGUUGAUGUAAUUGAUCAUUGUGGCGAAUACGCUUGGAGCGGUCCUGAGAAACAAUACUGGAAAUCACAAUCAAAAUUUUGUAUCACAGCACGAUGUCGACAUUGUUCACGCUAUCUUUGUCAUCAACAUUGGCAAGAGCAUAUAAAAUUGAUGGUGAUAGAUUAA